CAUAGCUUUCCGUUCCUGUUUACAAAAACCCUGAGUAAACGCCAUCUUUAACACUGUUUAAGAAAAAUUCUUACUCUUUUUUUCCUUUCUUUUGUUUAAAGGGUACACUUAUUCUAGUAUUCAUGCUUGCUGCGUGCAUUCCAUGUACGUCAUCUACAUAUAACUUCCAUCCUUGGAUGAACGGAGGCGCAUCUAGAAGGCCCACUAAACAAGACCGGGAAGUCGUGAAGAACAUGACAGAAUGGAUCCAAAAUGACACAAUUAGAUUCUACGUUCAGACCUACCUUUUAUUUUGUCCGGGGCAAGACAUGUGCUUUGGAGAGCAAUACAGGAGAAAUUAUACGGCGGUUUUACCAUUCACAAGUUGCUCUCAUUGUGAAUGUGGAUAUGAAUGUAAAAGGAAGAAAAACUGUUGCCCUUGGAGGAACUACAAGCAAGAUGUAGAGCUAACCCCAGACUAUAUAACAUAUAAGGAUAAUGAUCAGUUCACACCAUCUAAGUACAUUGAUAUACCUCAACAAUGUGUCACAUCACAAGUAAAUGAUAAAAGAUUAACACGCUCCAUUGAUGCAUUCUUUAUGGUUUCUCAAUGUCCUUAUAAUUACACAGACUCCGAUACACACCUAAGAUGUGAAAACUCAUCACAAAUAACGGACUUGGACUUAUACCAACCAGUAUUUUCUCUGUUUUCCAAUGAAAGCUUCAAAAAUCUUGACUGUGCGAUUUGCAACGGCGAAUCUUUGAGCAGUCUCGUUCCAUGGAGACAGGUAAUUGUUUGCUCAUCCAGAAAGGCACUUCUACAAACCCAAUCUUUAGAUCAAAUCCAAUCAACUGUUUUUCAUAAAAAUACCUUGUGCAAUGUGAUUUUUGUUCCUCAAACAUCUACGUUUGCAAAAGACUGCUUCCCUGAAAAACAAUAUGUCAGUAAUUGUAAUGAAACUGGACAAUGGAAAAAUUUCGACAGCAUUAUUUUUAACGCGUGUCAUGCAGACUUUGUGGACGUUUAUCUAGAAUGCAUUUCUGCGUUUGAGAGAAAUUUGUACAAAAAUAUAUUCUGUGCAAUGUGCAAUGUCCCUGACUGGAAUAACUCAUUAGGAAUCGAGUGUGUGUCUUCGGGCGAGAUCUUUGACUUGAAAUCUCCCUUCAGUCUGGUUUCUUUUUCAGCUUUAAUUGAUUUCAGAGAGAAUGGGGAUGUGUCAGCACCAAGUGAAGGCACAAAGUGUUCCAAAGAUUCACUGUAUGAACCCUAUAUAGAUGAAUGUAUCCCCAUCGUCUGUGAAGAAGGAAUGAAGAUAGAAAAAUCGCAGUGUAUUCCCAUUCUUUCCACAAUUACAUUAAGCAACUACGAAAUCAAUUUCCUUUUUAUUCCAACAUCCAACCAUUCAUCAAGCCAAAAAGACACUGGUACACUUUUGCGAAUUUUCAUUGAAAAUUUUAUUUCUUUGAACAGUCUAAAGAACCAUCUUUGUUCUUUUUCAAUUUUGUAUUAUCCCAAUGAGAAGUUAUGGCGAACACAAUUUUAUUAUUGGGCCGUAGUAAUCAAACUUUCCGUUUCAACAUGGCAUAAAUAUAGAGACUUUAUUUACCUUCUAAACAAAAGAUUGGAUAAGAUCGAUGGCUCUAUUACAUCUAACCUUGUCGUAAGACAUGUAGGACAAACUUUCUCUGGAUAUUUUGAAAAAGAAGGUAUGGUACCUUAUUUUCGUAAUCCUAUGACAAAAGACAUCAUGAUAAUGAGAAAUGAAUGGGUAGAUACAGGUGUUUCUACACAUACAGAUUCAAAUAAAGUAGUUAGUUGCCUGUCCCCUUCCUCGCUACAUGACACUACAAUUAUCGCUGCCUGGUCGAUUUGUCCAAGAAUUAUAAUAGAUAAGCGCAAAAUUCAUGUUCUUAUACUUAACUUUACUCUUUAUUUUCUUGACUUUGAUUUUUACAUAGAUUCCAAAUAUUUUCACGAGUCGGAUGAUAAGAGCACAGUCUUGGUUUGCGUUGAACAGUACCGAGUUAAGAGAAACAUUUCCGCGCCAAUCAUAGAUGAGAAUACAGAAGAAAAAUAUUUGUCCUUGGUUUGUACAAUUAUCUCUUCUUCAGGAUGCAUAGGGACUCUGGUUGCAAAUACCUGUAUCCAAAAUUCGAAUUCUCCAUUCAAAUAUAACACGAUUGCUUUAUCAUUUACUCUCCUCCUUGCCAACUUGGCGUACUCAUUGUCGAAAAUUUCCAGCUUUUAUCCUUCACUCUGCCUGUUUGUUGGCGGAUUGACUCAGUUUCUUUGGCUUGGGGUAGUUAAUCUGAUGUGCAUGUCUUGUUUCUCAAUCUUUAGAGCCUUUACUUCCUGGACAAUUAAGAGACCGAGUACGUCACCCAUAUUGCACCGUUUAGCAAACGUUGCAUGCAGCUUUCUCAUCCCUCUUGUGAUGACGCUUGUGAAUGUUCUAGUCAGUCGAUUUGUCUACAUGGAUAACAAUUUUGGGUACUCUUUGUUGACCUGUUACUUGUCACAUCCGUACCUUAAUCUCUGUACAUUUUCAAUACCCAUUGCCGUCAUGGUUCUGCCUGGCUUUUGGGAUUCCUACAUCAGAUUCUUCAGCUCCAAAUAUUAUCUUUCCUUCAUAUUGUCUUUACUGGAAGUCAAGCGAGUAGAUGUAGUUCUAUUUGGAUGUACGACUCCGGUCUGUCAGAGACCAAAAGAGCUUAUGCGAUAG